AUGCACUUCACUACUGGGAAACUAUUUAAGAGGUGUCGGUUAAGGCUCCCAAAAGUGAUUGGCCAGAGGGUGGAAGGACUAUUUCCCGCCAUCGCAGAAGCAGCCCAGUUUAUUGGUCCGGAUGUGAAAGGGGAGGAGUCAGAGAAGGGCAGCAGUAUGGUUUUACUCUCACCUGCAGGGAGAGGGAAUCUAGCAUAGGGAGGACAGGAAGGGACAAACACACCCAGGACCGGCACACAUGCAGAAUAAUCAACCACAGGAGUGAUUUCUACAGUUGUCCGAGGUUGAGAGGCAUCGAACUUCAGCAUGGAAGCUGUACGGAGUCUCACCCUCUGUCUGUUUCUGAUCCUGCUCAUCAUCAGUAAGAGGAACCAGGUCAACAGCCAAGUCAUUCCCCUGAUGAAGGCACCUGCAGGCAUCUCAACGGAGACAGUCCCCGGAAAUGUUACAGGAGGGGGCACGGAGCACGUUACAGGAGGGGGCACGGAGCAUGUUACAGGAGGGGGCACGGGCCACGACAAUGCCACCGGGGGUGGUGGGCAUGGGGCAGCCACCAUCACAACCCUGCCCAUCGUCACCUGGAAGUGGCACCACGUGGAGACCCCUUACCUGGUGGCUCUCUGGGUCCUGGUCUGCUGGCUCUGCAAACUAGUGUUUGAGCUGAAACACACCCUGGUCACCGUGAUCCCAGAGAGCGCGCUCCUCAUCUUAAUCGGCUUCGUCCUGGGAGGGAUCAUCUGGGGGGCCGACAAGGUCCAGACCUUCACUCUCACCCCCACGGUGUUCUUCUUCUACCUGCUGCCGCAGAUCAUCCUGGACGCAGGCUACUGCAUGCCCAACAAGCUCUUCUUCAGCAACAUGGGAGCCAUCCUCACGUACGCUGUCAUUGGCACAUGCUGGAACGCCGGCGCUGUUGGCCUGGCCCUGUGGGGGUGCCACUUAGGUGGUGCGAUGGGUGAGCUGAACAUCGGUCUGCUUCAGUACCUCUUGUUUGGGAGUCUGUUAUCAGCAGUGGACCCUGUGGCGGUGAUCGCUGUGUUCGAGGAGGUCCACGUCAACGAGGUCCUGUUCAUCUUGGUGUUCGGGGAGUCUCUCCUUAACGAUGGUGUCACUGUUGUGCUGUUCAAUGUGUUGGAUGCGUUUGUCUCACUGGGAGGGGCACAGAUUGACGCGGCAGAGAUAAUCAAAGGCAUAAUCUCGUUCUUCGUGGUGGCGUUUGGAGGCUCCCUGGUGGGCGUGGUGUUCGCUGUGCUGAUCUGCCUCCUGACUAGAUGCACCAAGAACAUCCAGAUCAUAGAACCAGGCUUCAUCUUCGUCAUGGGCUACCUCUCCUACCUCACGGCCGAGAUGCUCUCCCUCUCCGCUAUUCUGUCGGUCACUUUCUGUGGAGUCUGCGCUCAGAAAUAUAUCAACGCCAAUAUGGAUGAGAAGUCUGUCACCACGGUACAAUACACCAUGAAGGUGUUUGCCAACGGCUCAGAGACUAUGAUCUUCGUCUUCCUGGGAAUCUCAGCCAUAAACCCGGACAUCUGGGUUUGGAACACAGGAUUCAUCCUCCUCACUCUUUUCUUCAUCUUGGUCUUCAGGUUCAUGGGCACGUUCUUUCUCACCUGGAUACUGAACAGGUACAGACUGGUUCCCCUAGAGAUCAUCGAUCAGGUGGUGAUGAGUUACGGGGGCCUGAGAGGGGCAGUAGCGUACGCCCUUGCGGUUUUACUGGACGAGAAUAAAAUCCCAGAGAAGAAUCUAAUGCUCAGUACAACUCUCAUAGUGGUUUACUUCACUGUCAUCCUGCAGGGCGUAACAAUGAAACCGCUGGUCACCUGGCUGAAAGUGAAGAGGCAAGAACAAAAGGAAAUAACACUUGCUGAAAAACUACAGAACCGGGCCUUUGACCACAUGCUAGUUGCAAUAGAGGAUGUAUCUGGACAAAUAGGACAUAACUACAUGAGAGACAAGUGGAACAACUUCGAGGAGAAAUGGCUCUGUUGGCUGCUGAUGAAACCGUCAGCCAGGAAGUCUCGAGACUACCUCUUCAACAUCUUCCACCAGCUCAACCUGAAGGACGCCAUGAGCUACGUAACUGAGGGUGAGCGUAGAGGGUCCUUGGCAUUUGUGCGACAUGAAACAGCUAACGUUGACUUCAAAAAGAAGUUUGGGGACGAUUUCUCCGAGGUGAUGCCUGACUUCAUGGAUUACAUGACUGACGACCAGGGUCCAGAUCACGCUUCUGUCUCGUCCUUCUUACGAGACAACGUGCCGUCUGUGAGUCUAGACGUGGACCAGGACGUGAAGGGCAUGAGAGAAUCAGAUAUCAACGCACAUCAUCUUCUGCAGCAGCACCUUUACAAGGGCAGGAAGCAGCACAGACACAGGUACAGCAGGAGCCACCUGGACGUCAACAAGGACGAGAACGAGGUGCAGGAGAUCUUCCAGCGAACCAUGCGGAGCCGCUUGGAGUCAUUCAAAUCCGCCAAAACGGGUGUUGCAUCAUCCAAGAAGAUAAGCAGGCACCCCAACAAGGAUCAGAAGGUGCCGAAUGGACAGUCAAUGGACAUAAGCAAAAACCAUCCUUAUGUAGAUGAAGAUUUUGAGUUCUCUGAAGGAGACAGUGCCUCUGGUGGUGAAGCUACAGGCGUCUCGUUCCCCAUGAGGGUCACCUACAGGCCAGGAGCUGGUAUUGAGAACCCAGCCUUCAUGCCGGAGGUGGACCCGCUGCAGAUCCCUCCCUGGCUGGCAGAGUCUGAGGCGGACGGCAGCGUGGCCCCCUCCCAGAGGGCCCAGGUCCGGCUGCCCUGGACCCCCAGCAACCUGCACCGCCUCGCCCCGCUACGCAUCAGCAACCACUCCAACGACUCCUUCCUGAUGGCCGACUCCCCCACCCCACCAGAGGGCGCUGCUGACCGGCCUCCGCAGAGCGGAACUCACAUGUAGCCUGCUUUAACACUGGCCUGCAAG